UGUUGGCCUUUUUUAUCCUUUUCCGGCCUUCAAGAUGUCGAAGCGAGGACGUGGUGGGUCCUCCGGUGCAAAAUUCCGAAUUUCCCUGGGUCUUCCAGUAGGAGCCGUGAUCAAUUGUGCUGACAACACAGGAGCCAAAAAUCUGUACAUCAUCUCUGUGAAGGGGAUCAAGGGACGACUGAAUAGACUUUCUGCUGCUGGUGUGGGUGACAUGGUGAUGGCCACAGUCAAGAAAGGCAAACCAGAGCUCAGAAAGAAGGGUUCUGCCAUCACAGGACCAGUUGCAAAGGAGUGUGCAGACUUGUGGCCCAGGAUUGCAUCCAAUGCUGGGAGCAUUGCAUGAUUUCUUCAGUGUAUUUGUAAAAAAAAUCCAUUAAAAAUUAUUUGCUCCCAAAAAAAAAAAA